GCUACAAGUGGGGAAGCUUCUUUUAAGCAUCAAGAUCCUGUAUUGGAGGGAGAGGCUAGUGAGCAACCAGCCACUGGAGGGAUUGAUUUCAGGACAAUCCUUAAUCUUGCUGAGACAUUAACUCAUUCUAGAGAUCCUCAAGUGAGGGGAUUUGUGAAAAUGCUAUACACAAUAUUAUUCAAAUGGUUUCCGGAUCAGCCCUUUAGGGUUCAAAUGCUAAGGAGACUUGUAGAUAGAUUCACCAGCCCUACGAGUAGCAGCCACGAUUUAGACUUAGACUUGGAGAUUCUAGCUAUUCUGAUUUUUCAAGAGCAAGAGGUUGCUAGACCCGUUUUAGCCAUGCUGAAAAAGGCUGUGGAACAUGCAAAUAUUGACAGGGCAGCCCUGUGGCAUCAAUUGCGUGCAAACAAGGAAGAGCUUGUCCGGUUGAAGGAAGAAAAGAAGACGGAGAUUCAAUCU